AUAAACCUGUGAUUUUCUUUUUGUCUCAGUGAUUUUAGAUUACUGCUAUCUAAACUGAAAUGGAAGACUUACUCAGAUAUGUGAUGAAAAAGACCAGUGUCACCGUUUUGGAGCAUCUGAUUUUGGAUUGGGGCAAGAUCCCAUUGAAAACACUUGACUUUACUCUACAAAAGUCCAUUUUUAUGGAAAAGCUGAUUAGUUUGUGUGAUGAAUAUCAAAUUUCCUAUAGCGACACAGCUAAAUUAGAUUUAUUGCACACCAUGAAGUUUCCAGAAAAAUAUACAUGGAUAGCACAUAAACUUGUAUUCAGGCAUAGAAGAACCACUGCCUCAAUUACAGAUUUAAAGCAUUUUCAAAAUCUUAUAUCAGAAACUUUGAACAAAACUACUAUUUGUGAUGUGGCAGCAAGGAAACACAAAUAUUCAUUUUGGUGUAGAAUAUCCAAACCAGAAUCCCAUAAUGCUGUAUACAUAAUACAUUAUCCAGAAUCUUGUUAUUUCUUAAUGGCAAAGACUGGUACAGCCCUUAUUAAAUCAAUUGUCUGUACAAGCCUCGCAGAGUGCUUAAAUGCAGAAUCAUUUACAAUGUUGCCUUUGGAUGGUAAAUGUCCAGACUCACUUGCAGAAAUUCUGUUGCAUCGUGAUGAAAAUGCAUCACACCUAUAUAAAUAUGAUCAAGGGUAUUAUUUACCUCGGAAAAUGGUCAAAACUUCUGAAAAAAUAAACAAGAAUGUGUGGACAGAAAAUAAAGAACAUAAAAAGAAGAAUGAGAGAGCAAACACUGAGGCUUUUGGUCCAUUCGUACAACCCGUUAUGGAACAUCUUACUGUAGAUAUUCACACAAAAUUCAGAGGUAGAAAAGUAUUGCCUGAGUUGGCAAAGGAUACAGUUGUUAAUGGAAGACUAGAGUUUUCAGGUACUAACGUUUUACAGGGAUUAAACAACUUGGCAAAAGAGAGUUUGGCAAUCGUACCCAUGCCAUUUUACUUGACUAGUGUACCAAGUUUGGGUAAAAACUACAUGAAAAUUUAUGAUAAGUAAUGUUUAAAAAUAGUAUUGAACCAUUUUUUAUACAAAUAAUUUGAAUUGUUUUUAUGCUUUUUUUAUUUUGUGUUUUGUUCUAUUUAUGUAGAUUAUGUUAAAUCGUUUUUUGUUUACAUACCCUUUUAUCACUCACACCUAAUCCAUAACAGACUGAAAAUACCACAACUUUCUCAACAAAGUUACAAACUCUAAGACUA